AUGGCAAACAACCAAACGCAAGCGCCCAAAGAUGCUAGUCUCCAGGAAGAGGAGCGCCUCGAGGAUGCGCUUGACCACCUGAACGAGCUGCACGUGCAGGCAAGUCAGACACACACCGGUUAUCGUGGACCUUAUUCUAACUUGCCAUCUUUGGGCGUACAGCUUCAGCGUCUUCGCUCUGCGAUACCACGCAUGUUCCACCCCAUGGCCGUGAAGCCAUCCACACCCCAGAAUACAUUCGCCGCCUUUUCAAAUGCGGUGCAGGAUACGGGGAAGGAAAUCCGCCAGUUCAAAGACACUAUCCGAAGCAGCGAAACCGAAAAGGUCUUCAACAUGGCCAACGAAAGCCGGCGAGCAAAUCCCAUGGGAAUCAAGCCAUGGAGAGCUAGGGACGAUCCCGAGUGGACGACGAGAAAGAGGAGAAGGCUGAACAACGGGCUCAAGCAGUCUUGA